UAACAAAGACAACGUUUUCGCUGCACUGUUAUUUUUUUUUUUAAAUGAAUGCAACUGUGAUUCUGUAUUGCAAAAAAGUCCAAAAAGUUAAGCUAAGAGUUUGUUUAUUUUUGUGCAGCUUGUAUGUCAUUUGUUCCAAUUAGAGCAACAAUUAUAGAAAGAAAAACUAAACAUUUGUCCAUAUGAGUGUUUAUUUUGUGGUGUUUUUAAUAUUCCCUUUUUUCGGGGGCUUCACUUCCGUUUCCUCGUCGUCACGGCCACACAGAACUGAUUUUGGUUUACACUACGAGACAAAUAAUGAACACAUCGGUACCGGGCUCAACUCACCCAGCGGACGAUUUAAGCUGCUUAUAGUAACCUGUCUGACCGACGCCGCUGGACUUAGUGGUUCCAAUCUCCCGUUUAGAGCAAUAUGAGCAACUUGUGUGUGUUUGCAUUGACUGCAGUGAGCCUACAAAGUGCGCAGAGGGUCUUAUCUCGGUAGCUAGCGUUAGCUCUGCAAAGCUGCUCUCUGUGGCCCGCCCUGGCUGUAUCUAUCACCGGACAGGUACUUUUCGGUAAGCUAAGACUCAGCACCAUGAAUCUCUUGCGUCUCGUGUGCCGCCACAAGACGGCGCUGGUCAUCGGUACUGUGUGCAGCUUUGCUGUAGUUCUGGUCUUCUUGGCCAAAUGUACCUCAGAAACCCUGAAACAGGGCCACCAGGAUCCUCCUGGCCUAGCCCCUCAUGCCAAUGCUUUGCAGCCCCGUCCAGAGCAGCCUAAUGCCCCCUCCACAUCCAAAGACUCCUCAGCAUUCCUUGUGGUCCUCAUCACAACCGGACCUAAGUACACAGAGCGGAGGAGUAUCAUCCGCAGCACGUGGCUGGCCAAGCGGGACUCUGAUGUUCGGGCCAUGUUUGUGGUGGGAACUCAGGGACUUCCCAAUGAGGACCUUCAGAAUCUUAACACCGAGCAAGGGCGGCACAAGGACUUGCUCUUGCUGCCUGACUUGCGAGAUUCUUACGAGAACUUAACUCUGAAGCUGUUGCACAUGUACUCCUGGCUGGACCAGAAUGUGGAGUUCAAGUUUGUCUUCAAAGCAGAUGAUGACACAUUUGCUCGCUUGGACCUCCUGAAGGAGGAACUGAAGGGGAAAGAGCCUAAUCGGUUGUACUGGGGCUUCUUCUCAGGGAGGGGGCGAGUGAAAACAGCGGGGAAGUGGCGAGAAAGCUCUUGGGAGCUUUGUGACUACUACCUGCCCUAUGCACUGGGUGGCGGAUACAUCCUCUCAGCUGACCUGGUGCAUUAUGUGCAUCUUAACGCAGGGUACUUCAAGACGUGGCAGAGUGAGGAUGUGUCACUGGGUGCCUGGCUGGCACCAGUGGAUGUUCGGCGGACACAUGACCCACGCUUUGACACAGAGUACAAAUCGCGUGGUUGCAACAACAAAUACCUGGUGACACAUAAGCAGAGCUUGGAGGACAUGUUGGAAAAACACCAGACUCUGCAGCGUGAUGGCAGGCUCUGCAAGGAGGAAGUCAAGCUGCGAUUAUCGUAUGUGUAUGACUGGAGUGUGCCACCCUCACAGUGCUGCCAAAGGAAGGAUGGCAUUCCUUAAUUUUUGUCCUUUUUACAAGGCUGAAGUUGGCUUCUGAUUUGUAUUAUUUGAGUUGGGAAAAGAUUAAGACAUAAUGUUUUUUAACCAAUUCUCCAUUGUUACACUAUUUAAAGUUGUGUGACGGGUCCCAGAUAUCAUAAAAAAUGCCUUAAUCCUGUUUAAAAAAACUAUUUUCAGAUUCAGAGAACCAUUAUUCUCAUGCCGAUAACAAAAAAAGGGUGAUUUCAAUGUUUUUUCGUCAUGUAGACCGUGCAAGAGCAGGUUAAAAAAACACUAUAGGGAACUUUUAGAGUUUUCAUGUUCAUUAAGUAUAGGUUUGACAAAUUUAGGCAUGGUGGUUUUUGAGCUAGAUCUGGUCUAAUGUUGUCUAGAUGGAGGAAAAGUAAUGACAUUACCUCUUUUUCAGUUUUCACAAACCUAAUAAAGGUUUACCAAAUCCGUUUGAUGUGGUCUGGAUGAAGAACAAGUAAUUGAAUCACACAUUUUUUCUGUUUUUGGAAACAGAACUUUAAGUGGAGUAACAACAGAGAAUUCACUCAAAAUCCAUAUCCCAUAACUCUUAAGUAGGAAGCUAACUUCAGCCUAGUGUCCUUUUUGACUUGUAAACUCCUUUGGCCUUGUUAUUUGGACCCAUGCUUAUGUCAGUGCUCUCCUUACCUACAGUUUACCACUCUGGUGGCCUACUUCUCUCCUCUGUCAGUGCUUCUUCUGCUGUACCUUUUGCUUAAUAUUUUCCAGCACUAUGAGAUAUGUUUAAGGUUAUUUCAGUGUAGUAGAUAGUACAGUGAAACACAGAUGGGAGAUUCUUAUCCUGCCAUGAUGUCUACAUUUUUUGUGAAAGCAAAUUGUUUUGUAUUUUAUUUAUUGUUAAUUUAUUCUGCAGCAAACACAACACACUGAUAUUGAGCUGGGACAGAAGCACAGUGGCUGUGGUUGCUGUUUGUGAGUAGAGUUUGUAUUUAUAAAUUUGUUGGGGGGGGGGGUCAUAUAUAUAUAUAUAUAAUUCACAGAAUUAAUGGACAAGAAAUGUUAACUUUUUAAAUGUAAAACCUUUGUUUACUGCUAAUGGUACACAAAGUGUCAUGUGUUUUGGAGGUACAAAGAAUGUAAGAGAAAAUGGUUUAAUGUGCUUUAUUCAGCAGGCCUUCUUAUUCCUGAAACAGUCUAAAAUUUAAAGGUUCUAUAUAUAACUUUCAGAAAACUGUUGUUAAUAGUGACACCAGUGGCUGUUAAGGAAACUGCAGUCAACAACAUGUUGCUCGCAUUAGCACUCUGUACACAGUCCGGGCACAAGCUAGCAUCAUCCUAGCCGUCGGCCAAAGGGGACAUACCGUACACAAGACUGAACACUGGAAAAUACAGUUACAGUCAUAUUUAGAAUAACAUUACAGUCUGCAAUGUUGCAGUAUUUUUUUGGACCAUUGACUUCAUGCUACUAACCAGCUUGCUGUUUACAAAUCCCAUCAGCCAACAUCAUGAAGCAACCAAUGCCAGACACACAACACGCAGCCAAGCCACAGCCAGCCGGCCAACCCCAGCUUAGCUCAGGCUACAUUUAGCUAGCUGGAUGCCCCUGCCUCCAGCAAUCGUUUGUUUUGUUUCCGUUACAUAAUUUAUUGUUGGCUAAAAUCAACACAGUUUGUCAUACUACAUAAGUUAGUAUCAUGGAUCAUGUUAGCUGGGAAAAAAUUUUGCAAGCUAACGUUAGCCAACUGACAUAUCAACUCAUCUCACGUUAGCGAGCGAGCAAGCUAAGGUUAGCCAGCUAGCUGAAUAACGUUAUCCGGCGCUGGCUGCCCCCGCAGUGACAGCCGGCAAAGUAACCUACAAACGUAAAGGUAGCCAGAUCACCACCUUAAUUAAUACUAUAAUAAUAAUAUGUAAAAUGCUUCAGAGAUUUACGUAUGGAACCUUUAAAGUUUAAGUCAGUACAUUUACUGUUCAUGGAUAUCAAGUUAUUUGUGAAUGUUUGUUUGCAGAUUCAGACUGAAAAACUUGAUAUAGACUACCAGCUGGCACUUUUUUUUUUAAAUAGAAAUAUCAUUUUAAAGUCCAUGAGUAUUCAAUGAUGUGAUGUCAGUAGCUGUGUCCCAAAACUUGUGAAAUGUGUACAGCGUUGAUUUAAAGGGUACGAUAUGUUGGAGCACAAACAGAUGAGGAGUGCUGCAAAAAGAGCCACAUCCAAGUUCAUUUUAAUGACCGCUGUUACGUUUUUAUGAACAAUGACAUGAUUAUUUUUCACUGUUGUCACUAGCAGAACACAACUUAAGUUUCAGUGUUCGUUUUUACGUACAUGGUCAGCCUCCCUGGAUGUUUUAUUAAAAACUUUCAAUGUA